AUGGUCCCUCUGCACAAGGACAGCCAGGAGGACAUCUGUCCCAUCUGCCUGGAUCCCCUGAAGGAAGCUGUGAGCACCGACUGCAGGCAUCUCUUCUGCCGAAUGUGCCUGACCCAGCACAUGGAUAAGGCCUCAGUCUCUGGGGUCCUCAGCUGCCCAGUCUGCAGGAAGCCCUACUCUGAGGGGGUCCUUGGAGAUGGUUACAUCUGCUACAGCCACCAGAAGAGGGUGUGCAGUUUCUGUGAGACAAGCAGACAUCUCCUGUGUGUGGAAUGCCUCAGGUCCCCUGAACACCAGUCUCAUACUGAGCUCUCCAUUGAAAAUGCCAUCAGCCACUAUAAGGAAAGACUCAUCCGCAGAAGCAGGAAGCUCAGAAAAGACCUGGGGGAUCUUCAGCGGCUUAAGGCUCAGGAAGAGGAGAUGCCAUAUGCUCUGCAGGUGGAUUGGGAGAGCCACAGGCUAAGAGCUGAGCUGCAGAACCAAGAUCAAACCAAAGAACACCAACAAGAGGACCUACCAGCGGAGGUGGCCAAGAUGUUUAACUUCUCUGAGGCAGUAACACAGCUCAACAUCCUGGCUUCUGGCCUGGAAAGGAUGGCCAGGGAACUGGAUGCCAGCACUCUGAAGGAUGCCAGUGACUUACUGGACAGGAGUGCGCCACAGAAAUUAGAAGGACUCCUCUCUCAUCUUCCUCCAGCCAGCCCAAACCUCAAUUAG